CGCCGCCAUCUUGCGUAGGGCGGGGAGAAGGAGGAGGAAGGGGAGAGGCGAACGGACGGCACCAUUCCCGGGGGGGGAAGGCGGCUCCCCCUGCUCCCCCCAGCUCGUGAGCUCUCCCGAGCUGCUCGCGCCGCCUGUUGCCCUUGGGGUGGCCGCUGCGUGGGGCCUGGUGCGGUGCGGAGUGUUCGCGGGUCUCGCAGCCAUGGUGAAUUUUGCCCAAGCUGUGCGUGACCACUGGGUUCACAUCCUGGUUCCCUUGGGAUUUGUGGUUGGAUGCUACCUGGACAGAUGGAACGAUGAGAAGCUGUCAGCCUUCCGAAACAAGAGCUUAUUGUACAGGAGGGAGCUGAGACCCGGCGAAGAAAAGACCUGGAAAUAAAGGCUGCUAAUGAAUGGGGGAAACUUUCUGCUCUGUUCAUCACCUGAUCUCAUGCAUUGAAACAAUAUGGUUAUGUUUUUUCUCCUGAGACCCUACCAAGCUACAGAAUAGAACACCUACAGUUUGUCACUGCUACUUUAAUUCCUAUUGUUACUUUAUGGAAGGUGAUCUAUUAUAAAGCUGUUUUGAUUCUGUGAAGCCCAUGGAAUUGAGAAAUAUCUGCCCCCAGAGGUUCCGCUCUGGAGUUGGGGGAGAAAAGACGUCAUGUAAUAAAGAAAAAAAAAAAAAAACUAUGCAAAAAUAA